CUGGCUGUUAUCUGCAGUGUAAAUGUAUGAACUUCCUUCUCUACUGAGGGGUCUUGGGACAGAUCCUUUCAAGAGAAUCUCUUUUCCUCACGGGUACUCUUGGUUAUUUGGCUAUUACAGGUAGCCAGUCCCAUCUCUGUGAAAUUCGGAAGCCUGCUGAAUGUUGUAGGUAGUCUUUAUUGAGUACCUAUAUACAAUUAUUACUAUAGAAGGAUGUGACUUUCCUGUCCUUUCCUUAAUUUUUGGAUGUCGAUUUACUGUGAGGAAUUACUUUUGCCUGUGGCCACAUGAGGAGUGUUGGGAAGAAUACUGAAAUCCUGAGCUCAGAACAGGUGGUAGGAUGUGCAUCCCCCACCCCCAUGAUGGGGCAUGUAAAAGCAAAGUCAGGUUUAUCACAAGAUUUCAGGUUUUUGUUAAGUAAGUUUUUUCAUUAUGUUUUUGGGGGUAAAGCUUUGCGUGAUUACAUGUGAUGGAAGACUCUGAAACACAAACUUACCUGUAGCGUCAUAUUAAAAAAAAAAUAAUGUGGAGGGAGUCAAGGGACUUUUAAUCUGAACCCCUGGCUGCAGUGCCUUGUGAUGCACCUGCGCAGGUGGCCAGGCUGUCACCUGGAUUCUGGGAGCUUGUAAACAGGGAGGUGGCUGCGGGCUGGGUGCUCUGUUGUUGUCGGGAGCAGCUCCUGCCGUGUGACUGCAGCCAGGCCUGGGCAGGUGCUGGCGAGGGUGUGCACGUUUGUGGUAGGGAGCUGAGCCAUGUGGCCUCUGUGUGUUCAUCCAGGCCCUUACACAGCCUUGCCAUAGAAGGGAACAAGCCAGGAAAAAACGUUUGAGUGGGUUUUUUUCUCUGUUUUUCAUGACUCUUAGAUUAUUUUAGUAGCUGAGUGUUGUUUACCAAGAUUCACUAGCAUGGUAAUGAUAAUGCAAAUACUGAAUAACUUGCUGUUUACAUGGUACUGUUUACCAAUAAAUGUAAAUGCAGUUGCAACAUUUGUUUCCCAUCACUUUUUUCCUUAAUCUGACCUCAUUUUCUCUCAGUGACAAUAUUUGCAUUGUGGGAUAAGGUACCUUGUGUUAAGAUGACCCCUGCAAGCUCCUUUACAAAAGAGGGGAAAGCAGACAGAUGCAUGUGAGUGCCCCAUGGCUGCAGCUGCCUCAGUUCACUCAUUUAUUGCCUAUUGUAACUUGGAAGCAUUCUUCAGGUCAGUUCAUCUUCUGGGACCCGUCCCUGCCUUCUGGUUAAGGAAUCCAUGCACACAUACGGGAUGACUCAACAGUGGGAUGGAUGUUCAGAUACCAGAAAGGUGCUGGUAACUUGACAGCAAUCUCCACUUUCUUUGGAGAGACCUAUUGUAUGUGAGACGUUUCAGGAACCUGUGCAGUUUGAAUACGUCGGAUUGUUACAUUCUGAAACCUUCGUGAUGAAGAGAGCUGGGCAGAAGGUGGUGGCUGGAACUGAAGCUCCUGGAACAUCACAGACAAGCAAAAAACAGAAAACUAGUUUAUAUGGCUCAGGGCAUGGGGAAUCUGACCCAUGCACCUCGAUGGACUGGGGCAGCCUUCCACACCACGUGAUUCUGCGUGUUUUUCAGUUCCUGACUUUAGUGGAUCGAGCCAGGGCAUCUUCUGUUUGUCGAAGGUGGAAUGAAGUUUUUCACAUCCCAGAUCUCUGGAGGAGAUUUGAAUUUGAACUUAGCCAGCCAGCCACUUCUUACUUAAAGUCUACACAUCCUGAUCUCAUUCAGCAGAUUAUCAAGAGGCACGCUGACCAUCUGCAGUACGUCAGUUUCAAGGUUGAUAGUAGUACUGAGUCAGCAGAAGCAGCCUGUGACAUCCUUUCUCAGUUGGUGAACUGUUCUAUCAAGACACUGGGUUUGAUCUCUACAGCAAAACCAAGCUUCAUGAAUGUCUCUAAGGCUCAUUUUGCAUCAGCACUGACAGUAGUUUUUGUGAACUCCAAGUCAUUAUCUUCAAUCAAGAUAGAUGACACACCCCUUGAUGAUCCUUCCUUGAAGGUUCUUGUUGCUAACAACAGUGAUACUCUAAAACUGCUGAAAAUGAGCAGCUGUCCUCAUGUUUCACCUGCUGGCAUUCUUUGUGUGGCUGAUCAGUGUCAUGGACUUAAGGAGCUGGCUUUGAACUACUACAUACUAAGUGAUGAACUGCUGCUGGCUCUUUCAAGUGAAAAACACGUUGAUCUCGAGCACCUCCGCAUUGACAUCGUGAGUGAAAAUCCCGGACAAGUUCAAUUUCACACCAUUAAAAAGCAAAGCUGGGAUGCUCUUGUUAAACACUCCCCCAAAGUCAACAUUGUGAUGUAUUUCUUCCUGUAUGAAGAUGAAUUUGAUGCUUUCUUCAGAGAGGAAACCCCUGUUACACACCUGUACUUUGGUCGUGCAGUGAGCAAGGCGAUGCUGGGUCGCAUUGGCAUGAACUGCCCCAGGCUGAUCGAGCUGGUCGUGUGCGCCAAUGGACUUCAGCCUUUGGAUGAUGAACUCAUCCAGAUUGCUGAGCGCUGCAAGAACUUAACGGCCAUGGGGCUGGGGGAGUGUGAAGUCACCUGCAGGGGUUUUAUUGAAUUUGUAAAGAUGUGUGGGGGCAGGCUUACUCAGCUUUCCAUAAUGGAGGAGGUGCUGAUUCCAGAUAGUGAUUACAGCUUAGAUCGGCUUCACCUGGAAGUCUCCAAACACCUUGGAAGAAUGUGGUUUCCUGAUAUGAUGCCAACGUGGUAAAUUCUCUGUGUGGAUAAAAUGGUGGAAUCGGGCUGUCGCUUUCUAUGCAAAUAAAAAAUUUAAAAAUCAAAUGUGAAAAUUUUCUUCCAGAUUUGAGUUUUUCUUCCUUAAGAAAACCUCUGUUAGACUAACAGCAAAGCACUCUACGACAUGAAUUGUGUAUUGAAAUAGAAAGUAGAUUUAGCUGGACUUAAUAGUUCUGAAAGUAUUCCUGUGGUUUACAGGUGCUUCAAACAUCAGUAAAUUUGGGCUUCUCUGAGCUUCAGUGUAAACAUUUCAUUUACUUUAAAAUAAGUUUGGGGUUUUUUUUUCAAUGUCUUUGUUUACUCUUUCUGAUCUAGUCAGAAGAGGAAUAGAGAAACUAUUUUUCCUUAGGAAAUCUAUCAGUGGAAAGCUGGAUAGAAUACAGUAUUAUUUGUCAUGAUGUUUUAUAUAGCUAUUUUUUAAUCAUUCAUGUUUUAACUGUAUGAGCUUGUAUAUUAAAAUACACUAUUCUGGGUUAAUCAGAAAUUAGCCUGAUUUCAUGGCAGUAUAAUAAAAUGUUAAUAAGCUUAUGCUUACAAAAAACUGUCCAAUUUUAAAUUGCAUUUUAAGUAAUUUCUCAGAUUACAGAAACUAGGGAAUACAUUGUACAGUAUGUUGUUUUUGUCUUAUGCGUUAAAAUGAUGGGAAAGAUUUUGUUAAAAUUACUGAUUUUAAGUUUGGUUCUAGAUUGAUUAUUUGAGUGAGUAAUAAAGCACUUUGGAAACUGUCAGGACACUAAGGAAUAGCUUUGGAUUUGGGCUCAUCUUUGUAAUCAAAGACUGAUGUCUGAAUGCUGUUCCAUGUUUUCAUUGCUAAGAAGUAAGAAGGAUUUCAUAAAUGUGGCUAGUAAGAGGGAAAGAUCAAAUGCAGUACAGUUAUCUUUGAUCCAUUUCUAUUUAAAAUCAAGGAUUUAGAGCACUUAAAUUUGUCACUUAGAGGCCAAAAUGGACUGUACUAAUCUCACGUCUCUUAUCUCUCUGUAUCUUACAGAGCUUUGUGCAAGCCCUUGUUUCUAGAGAAAGGCUUGUGGAGGUAAUCCUGAAAUAUUUAAUUCAGGACUGUUUAAUACUUGUUGCUAUUAAUUGUUUUUUUGAGAAAGGAUGUAUUAUAUUUAUUUUCUUAAAAGGGAAGGGCAUGGUGAGUUGAUGUAAAUUAGAGUAUGUAUUUUUUUGUUAACAUUUUGCACACUGUAAACAUAAAUGCAUUGUAUAUAAAUUUUUGCUGUUAUGAUUUUGGUGCCACAUUUGUUCCAUCUUCCUAUUGCUAAUGAGAAGUCUACAGGAAUUUGCUGGUGGUGGUUGUCACUGUUGUGGCUUAACCCUGGCUGUCAGCUGAGCCCCUCCACAGUCAGAGGAAUGGGGGAGAGAAUUGGAAGACAAAAGUGAGAAAACUCAUGACUGGAUAUAAAUAAUUUACUAAUAAAGUAAGAGCCACACAGGCAGGCAACCCCUAAAAAGGGAAUCCAUUCACCAUUUCCAUCAGCCAGGAAGGCAGGGUUCCAUCACCCUUAAACCUUACUCCUCCUUCCCCCAGGUUUAUAUGCUGAGCCUGAUGUUGUACAGUAUGGAAUGUCCCUUGGAUCAGCUGGGCUCAGCUGUCCUGUCCAUCUCACCUCCCAGACUCUGCACCCUCAGCCUCCUGCCCGGUGGGGCAGUACAAGGAGCAGAGCAGGGCUGGGCUCUGUGUGGGCACUGCUCAGCUACAGCAAAAACAUCACUGUGUUACCAGUGCUGUUUCCAGGACAAAUCCACAGCUCCAUUCUAGCUCCUGUGAAAAAUAUGAACUACCCUAGCCAGAGCCAGUGCAUUCACAGCAGAGAAUAAGAGAGUUUCUUCCCUGCUUCCACAAAACAGCAGUUAAAGGGGUAAAACACCCUUUUCUUGGGCACACAUGUUCCCAGCUGGAAGCCAAGGAUUCAAGGUAACACACAGACCUGCCUUUAUUGCCUGCUGCACAGUUAAGAAGCAUCUCUCUAACUCUGGUUAGUAGAGGCUAUGAGCUGAGCACUUCCAUAAUCCAGGGGAUUAGAAUUUAAGCACAAAACUCAGAUCUUUCCAAACAGUAUUUUG